AUGGCGGUGUUUGGGCUGGUCUCGGCGGUGGCCGGGUUCGUCAAAGUACGAUAUUUAGUGGACAAGGCGAUCAUCGAUAACAUGAUAUUCAGGGCGCACUACAGGAUCACCUGUGCUAUUCUGUUCGCCUGUUGCAUCAUCGUCUCGGCCAGUAACCUAAUAGGUGAUCCGAUACACUGCCUAAGCGAGGGAGGUGUACCAGAGAACGUGAUAAACACGUAUUGCUGGAUCACGUACACGUUCACACUGCCGCAGAACAAUGGGAAACCGGUGGGCACGCACGUGGCUCACCCCGGUCUUGGCGGUGACAUUGGGGAGAAGAGGUAUCACUCGUACUAUCAGUGGGUGCCGUUCAUGCUCUUUUUCCAAGGCAUGCUGUUCUACAUGCCGCAUUGGAUAUGGAAGCAGUGGGAGGAGGGCAAGGUCAGAAUGAUAUCCGAGGGCAUGAGGGGAGCCUCGAUGGAUAACAAGUCCGAGCGACAGGCGAAAUCUCAUCGGCUGGCCAAGUACAUUUGCGACACGUUGCACCUGCACAACACGUACGCGGCUGAUGUCAAACGACCCGUGUCCUCUUCCAGGUGGGAAAUAUAUUCUUCGUCGAUACGUUCCUCGGUGGCGCUUUCCUCUCCUACGGAACGGAUGUACUGAAGUUCAGUAACAUGAACCAGGAGCAGCGGACCGAUCCCAUGGUUGAAGUGUUCCCGCGAGUGACCAAAUGCACCUUCCAUAAAUUCGGCGCCUCUGGGACCAUUCAGAAAUUCGACGCCCUCUGCGUCCUAGCCUUGAACAUUCUCAACGAAAAGAUCUACAUCUUCCUCUGGUUCUGGUUCAUCAUUCUAGCCGUGUUGUCUGGCGUCGCUCUGCUCUAUAGCAUGGCCGUGGUGUUGCUGCCUAGCACCCGCGAGACCAUCCUCAAAAAGCGAUUCAAGUUUGGCACGCCGGACAGUGUCAGCGCGCUCAUCAGGGAGACACAGGUCGGCGACUUCCUGUUGCUUCAUCUACUGGGACAGAACAUGAACGUGAUGAUGUUCAACGAAGUAUUGGACGAGCUCUGCCGUCAGUUGAACGUCGGCUCAACGAGCGGCGCGUCACCGACGUCGGUGCCAUCGGCGCCCAGCACUCUCGAGAUGUCACCGAUUUACCCGGAGAUAGAAAAAUACGCGAAAGACACCGAGAUCUAA